AUGCUACGCAGGCCCUUUCUAUUUGAAGAAUUAGCAGCCAACGUUGGCACCAUAGGACUGUAUGACAUAAAUACAGAGAGCUGGAACUCUUACAGAGAUUUCCAUUAUUUGGUUCAAGCCCUUGAAAGUGGAGUUGCAGGUGACAAAAUCACGAUGUCAACUUUUGUUCAAGAGCAGCGUCUUUAUUAUUCUCCCACAAAAGCUACGUGCACCACUUGGGGUUCUGAACAUUUCAAAACUUUUGACAAUUUUAUUUUUGAUUUUGCAUCAACCUGCAACUACAUCUUUGUCAGUGACUGUUCUGGAAACUUAGGAGGCUUCAACAUUCAGAUUCGCAGAGGAAAACAUGGAAAUAUUAAAAGAAUCUAUAUGAAUAUCUGGGGUACUUCAAUCAUAAUUGAGAAUGCAAAUACAAUAGUGAAUGACAAUGGAUUUGUUCAGCUACCGUACAAUUUAAAUGGAGUACAGAUCAAGUCAUUUGGAGGCAGCACAAGACUGGUUGCUAAACAGAAGGGUUUUGAUCUUGUUGUUGUGUGGAAUUUCAUAGACUAUCUAAUGGUUGAACUUGGAGAUGAAUAUAGGAACAAAACAUGUGGCCUUUGUGGGGAUUUCAAUGGGCAUCCUCAGCUAAAUGAGUUUAAGCAAGGAGACAAGGUAUUGUCACCUCAGAAGUUUGCCAAUCAAUAUCAAGUAGAUGAUCCAUCAGAAACGUGUCAUCCUUUGGACGUGACAAAUUUGGAAGAAAGUUAUGUUGAUUAUGUUUCUGAUUGCUCUUGUAUGUUGAAUAAAGUGGCACCUCUCUGUAAAUUGCCGAAGAAAAUUUAUGUUUCAGAAUGUCAACGUGAUUUGUACAAGUGCACUGCCAAAGGUGAUACACAGUGCAGCUGUCAGACUUUAUCUGAAUAUUCCCGACAAUGUUCGAGGUUAUUGCAGCCAGUCACGAACUGGAGAAAUAUCUCUUUCUGCCCACCAAUACCAUGUCCAGGAAACCAGGUAUAUCAGGAAUGUGGUUCUCCAUGCUUAUCUACUUGUUCAAAUCCACAGACCACCUGUGAUAGCUAUGGCACAUAUGGUUGCUUCUGCCCAGAAGGAACUGUUCUUGAUGACAUUGCUACUAAGGACACAUGCAUUCCUUUGAGUCGCUGUCCUUGUGUUCUAAAUGGUCAAGUCUAUGCUCCUGGCGGUUCAGUGAAUUCACCUUGCAAAUCUUGCAAAUGCGUUAUGGGCAAAUGGGACUGCACGAAUCUGCCAUGUCCAGGCCGAUGUUCUAUUGAAGGGGGCUCAUUUGUCACCACGUUUGAUUCAAGACGGUAUAGAUUCCAUGGAGUCUGCACCUACCUGCUUAUCAAAAGUGUUAAGAUGCUCGACUCAGGCACCAUCGAAGCAGUGUUUGAUAAAUGUGGUGUUAGACAUUCAGAAACACAACUGACAGGCAUCAUCUAUGCUACCAAUCAGGGUCUUACGAUCCAAGAUGGUCCAAUUCCUGAACGAUGCAGUGGUGCAUCAGCUCAGGGUACUCUCAAUGAACCCUGUGUAGAAUAUGGUGAGGAUGGGGGCUGGGAGGUGGGCUUUCUUCAACCUGUGCAGAAAGUAGAGAUGCUACUGGGCUUUCUUGGCUAUGGAACUGGUAUUGAGGGACCAGGGCUUUGUGGAAAUUUUGAUGGAAACUCUCAAAAUGAUUUCAAGAGCAGUAUGGGAAUUCAGGAGGGAACGGCUAGCAGUUUUGUGGAUUCCUGGAGAGUUAUUGAACAUUGUCAGUCUGCUCAAGAUAUAGACUCUCACCCAUGUUCACUAAGCCAAUCAAAUAGUGUGUUUGCUGAGUCAUAUUGUUCCAUAUUGAUGAAUAAAUCCAGCAUUUUUGGACAGUGUCAUUGUAGGGUGGAUCCCGCAGAUUAUUAUGAGAGGUGUAAAUUUGAAACUUGCAACUAUGAGAAAAGCCAAGAUUUUAUGUGCAAUUCCCUUGGAGUGUAUGCUCGUGCUUGUGCCAUAAAAGGCCUAAUCUUGAUAAACUGGAGAAAUGAUGUGAACGAAUGCAAAAUUUCUUGCCAUGGACAUCAGGUUUUCAGUUAUGAUUCCAAAGCAUGCAACCGCACUUGCUUUUCAUUAUCUAAUUCAAUAUUCGAAUGCACUGAGAGUGGAGUUCCAGUAGAAGGAUGCAAUUGCCCACCAGAUACUUUUUUGGAUAAUACCAAUACUUGUGUGAAGGCAUCCAGCUGUCCAUGUUUUCUGCGAAAUGGUGCAAUUAUACCUGCUGGCAAAAGUAUCAACAUUUUUGAGCAGCUGUGGUCCUCUGCCAGUGCUGGCAAGAAGGAGCCAUACCGCAGGCCACGAGGGAUGCCAAUAUCAUUGCCCUCUACAAGAACAAGAGCACGAGAAGCAACUGCAACAACUACAGAGGCAUCUUUCUCCUCAACACUGUCAACAAAACCUUUGCUUGGGUCAUCUACUCGCCUGCAGAUAUUGGUAGAACAUGUAUACCCAGAAACACAGUGCAACUUUCGAGUUAAAACGUCAACAGUAGACAUGAUCUUCUCCCUUUGCCAACUGCAGGAGAAGGGCAGCGAACAGAAAAUGUCCCUGUAUGUCGCUUUCAUCGAUCUCACCAAGGCGUUUGACCUGGUCAGCAAAAACUACCUUUUCAAAGUUCUCCUGAAGAUCGACUGUCCACCAAAACUGUUGAGCAUGAUAGAAUCCUUCCACAUGGAGGGGAUUUACAUACGCAGUAGAUCAAACAGCAGGCUCUUCGAUCUGGCCCGCCUCAGAGCCAAGACAGAAGUAUAUAUGUCACUCAUCAGGGAGAUGCUGUUUGCCAAUGAUGCUACAGUUGCAACACACACCCAGCAGGAACUCCAGUCACUGAUUGAUCACUUCUCCCACGCUUGCAAGGACUUCGGGCUGACUACCAUUCUGAAGAAGACGAGCGUCCUGGGACAGGACACAGAGGCACUGCCAGUCAUCACCAUCGAUGACUACGAACUCAAUGUCGUCCACCAGUUUAUGUACCUUGGUUCUGCCAUCACUGACAACCUCUCCUUGGACACAGAGAUCGACAAGAGGAUCGGGAAAGCAGCCUCAACUCUUGCUCACCUUACGACUCGAAUAUGGACAAAUCCCAAGCUGACAGUGAACGCAAAAAUUUCGUAUUUCAUUUUAGUAGCUUUGUUCACAAUAAUAAGGUCAGCACUUAAACCAGAUGUUCUUCUGUUAGAGAUGAAAAUGCUGAAGGUACAAAUAGCAAAGAACAAUACAGCACAGGAUACUCUAAUUAAGCUGACUAAUGGACACUAUCAAAUAACACCACCAAAUACAGCAAGAGGACUCAAAGUGAUCAGUAAUCCACUGUAUCUAAAAUUUGAUUUAAAAAUCAGUUCAAUACUUGAGCUAACUAUUAUAUGGAACAGGAAUAUGAAUGCUUACAUCUCAAUUACUAGACUAUCAGAGUUUGCAGUGUGUGGACUCUGUGGUAAUUACAAUGGAAAUGCAGAUGAUGAAUAUAUAACCCAGAAUAAAUACCUAGUCUCCAAUGUACUGACCUUUGCAAAUUCUUGGAAGGAAGAUCCUACAUGCAGAGAUGUGACUGAAGUUGUAUUUCCAUGUCACAAAAAUCCAUAUCGUUUGGCCAGAGCUGAAAAAAUGUGUGCUAUAAUUAACAAUAAGGUGUUUGAGCCAUGUCACAAAUUGGUCUACAGAAUGCCUUAUUAUGAUAACUGUGUCCGAGAUGCAUGUGGUUGUGAACUAGCUGGGGAUUGCGAGUGUCUCUGUGAUGCUGUUGCAGUCUAUGCCAAAGCAUGUAUAGAUGCUGGGGUCUGUAUUGACUGGAGAACACCUGACUUUUGCCCUGUGUACUGUGACUAUUUCAACUAUCACAAGGGGUAUUCUAUUGUGGAUGAA